AUGCGCCGGUUGUGCCGCGGUAUUCUUCAACUUCCACGCCGCACACCGUGGUAUCAUGCAUUGGCGCUAUCGGCCGAUGACCAGAACACUUCCGCUCGCCCUCACAAGAGCGGUUUCGCAACGGCGGUGGCGCACCAACUCCGCGGUUACAGUGGCGCAUCAGAGAGCAAGGCCAGCAUGGACGAAGGGGACGAGGAGGAUGAUUUCAUGCAGGCGUACGAGGAUAUGCUGCUGAACGCGUCCUCGCAAGACGACGACGUGUUGUCCUCUCAAGAAGGAUUGAUGCCUGAUGCACGCAGCAGCCAGGAAGAUGAUGCCACUACACCGGAACACGUUAUCGAUGACGGUGCGAUGACUUCUCCUUCCUCAAGCCCCUCGCCGGCAGAAGCCUUUAUUGAAGAAGCCUAUGCCCUUCUUCCUGCGGACGGCUCCUCCGUGCCGCUGACGGAGCUCACCCCUCUGCUCGACCUGGAGGCUAUCAGCGAAUCGUUCGGGUCAGCACGCAGCUUUCUUCAGCUCUUUCCACACCGCUUUGCCUGCACACAGGACAACACGACGCGGCGGUGGCGCGUGUCGCGUGCAUCGGUGGUCAGCGGAUCACCCAACAAGCAGUUCCUACCGAACACGGAGACGGCGAGAGGCGUGGAGGAGGCGAGGAGUCACACGGAGUUGGACGUGUCGGAGAUGGUUCUGAGCGAGGAGCUGGCGCAGGUGCGAGCUCGGCUUUCAUCGUCCCACACACCGUCGGCUGCACCCGACCGCCCUCCGACCUCUUCCGCAGCGGUGAAGCAGCAGAGCACGUCACAGGAUGCACACAGCAAGAAGAGGCGUACUUUAACUUCUGCUGCUGCUGCUGCUGCGGAUGCGACCGCGGGCGUGGAGGCUGCCCACGUAGCGGUGCAUCGAUUGUGGUCCGCCAUCGCGUUGCUGCUGCCAGAGAAUGGCAGCCCCAUGCCGAUUGCCCAACUCCGCGUUUUGUUGCCGCUGGAAAUAGUCGAAGACCUUCGCACACGCCACGCCGGACUUGCGCGCUGCUUUAAACACGACUAUGAUGUGGCGCACGGCCUUGUCGCCCUCACCGCGGACUCCAUGUUCCUGCUGCGUAGAGGAACUUGUGCCGACACUUCUGUCACCAACUCUGACAAGAGCAGCGCCCCUCCGCAGGUGCCACCUCUGUGGGCGCCACCUGCCGCCUCUUCCUCUGUAGCGGUCAUCACCCAACAUCUUGGCAUCCCAACGGAGCGCGCCGUCGAGGGUGUGGUGGAGGACGGCGUCUACGUACCAGUUCCAGCCGACUACAUCCACAUCCGCCCAACCGCGGAGGCGGAGGCGUGGUGGGCAGACGUGCCGCUCGACGACGCUGACGAUGCUGAAGACUGCACCGCUGACGUCAACACGAACGCGGUCACUGCGCAAGAGGAGGUGGCAGCGGCAGCGCGAGCGUCAACGGCGGACGAAGACGCCGCCCACGCCCUCGCCGCCGCAACGGGGCUGGAGGAGGUGCCCUACGACGGCCUCGAAGGUCCGCGCGGCAGCGGCGCCACCGUCGGCGACGCCUCGCUGCUGAGGGGACUCGACGUUGCGUUGCUGCGCCGCGCCCCCGUCGUGCCGCCGCGGCAGACGACGGCGGCGAAAAAGUCAAAACUUCCGGCUUCGUUAGCGCCGUCGAGCAGGAAGAGCGAUGAAGCCACGCCAAAGAAGACGCGCCCGCCACGUCCCUCCACUCCGGAGGAAUGGAUCGCCCUUCACACGGCGCUGGCUAACGCGCACGGCUGGCUGACGCCGGCGGAGAUGCUGGACUACUUGGUGGAGUGCGUCCCCACCUUCUUCGUUCCGAUAGAGGAAGUGCGCACCUCCGAUGCCCUUUUGAAACUUGUCGGGCCUCGCACGAGCAUGAGGACCCUGCUGUGUCGCAUCUUCAUCUACUACGUGGAGAAGUCAGAGGACGGCACGCAGGUGCGCCUGGCAGCUUCGGUCACGCACCCGCAGCGCGGCGCAGCGGACCCGCAUUACGCGGCGUGGGAUCCGUCGAGUGCCUGGCGGGUCACCGCCGGGUCUGCGGAGUGGCACAGCGACCAGGCGGCAGAGGCGACGAAGGAAGCGACGCCGUCGUCGAUCCGCGCCGGGUCGAAGUUGACCGCCAGCGACACCACGAAAGCCUUCCCUGUCAUGCACGUUCGGCGUCCGAUUAAAAGCGCACUGCCCAGCAAGCUUCCCCGCAAGCGGAACGUCCGUGGAGGGACGCCGUCGACGUUUCCGGCGGCGAUGGCGCACGCGGCCGACCCAGCAGCGAAGGGCGUUUCUGCCGUAGGGGCGCCUGCCUCUACCACACACACCGAAGUGCAAAGCACAGCAGGCGCGGCCACCACACGUCCGCUGACAGUGCCUGGGCAGGGCAGCAGAGGCGGCGUGCCGCUCUCUUCCAUCCCGGUGACGGACAUCGGGUACCCCUACCUGGCGCUGGCGACGCUGCCGGUGGAGGCGUGGCCGUGGUGGGCACGGCUGCUGUGUGUGCUGCCGUUCGAUGCCUACGUCUCCCUCGAGGCGUUGGCCACGUGCUACCUCCCUGGCCUCUCCGCAGUGGAGUUGGAACUGGCGUGGCGGUCGUCCGAAUCGCUCACGGCGGCCCACGCGGGGAAGGGAAGCCCACCGCACCCCUUCCCGUUCGCCCUCCUUCGGCCACCACAUGGCGGCCCGCGUCAGGUGCGGCUGCGUCCGUUUUGGCUCGCACCGGGCUGCACGGCGGAGUUGGACGCAGCCGUGCUGCCGGUGGAUUUGGCGAGGCAGCUGCGGCCCGUGUGGAUGGCGGUACCCCGUGUGCUGAAGAAGCUGUCGGCGGAAUCGCAGGAGGCGACCCUGGCAAUGGCGCUGCAGCGCAUGCCGGGUGUGAGCUGCACCGCGGAGGAGGCGUUGCUGUGUCUCCUGCGGGACUGCGGGCGGUGCUGCUGGGUCAAUCACGACGGCACCAAAGUGCGGCGCUACGCCGCGUCGCACGAGAUGGACGACAUCUUCCACUUGAGCCUUUCCCUCCUUCACGGCUUCAGCUCGGCGCACGCGUGGGAGCCGGUAAAAGCGGUUCUGGCUCGAGCAGCCGAUCACGUGCGGCCGCUGUUGAAGGAUCAACACACCACAAAAACAGAGUCGCCGUACGAUGUUGGCUUUAUCGGGAUGCUGUACCACACCCCCACGGCAGAGCUGCAAACGUUUCUGCAGCGGCACGCGCAGUGGAUCGAUGUGAAGGCCGUCUCUGACGCGGCGGGGAGCGGCGCCACGGUGGAGCUGCUAAUACGGCGACGCGCCGCGUAUGUCUCCUUUGCGCGAGAAAACGAAGCCGCGCUGCCGGUGACGGCGACUGGGGGAAUCAAGAUCUAG